AUGGCAUCUUCCAUAGAAUCCAGAGGGUCAUGGACAACCAUAAAAGAUUUAGGGAAAUUGAGAGAUGCGUUGGCAAAAGCGAAUGACAACGUUCGAAGCGGUGAAAAUCUUGGCAACAAGAUUAUGCAAGCACAAAUGUGGUUCGGUGCCAUUGGCCAAGGUAAAAAAUCUUUCAACAAUCACCAAUGUUGGAAAGUGGUGAAAAAUUGUUUGAGAUUCAAAAUUAUUCCUAUGGGUCCAGCCAUUGUGUUGAAUGAGACGCCGCUCUACGAUUCAACGGCAUCAGAUUCGCCAUUGGAUUCCUCAAUGAAUCAAGACUUACCAAUGCAAAGGGACCUGAGGCUUAUUGGGAGAAAUACGACAAAGGCUAAGAGAGAGAGUAAUUCCACCAAUGAUACUGCUAAAUUUUUGGAGCAAAUUGCUCUAAAUUGCACAAUGAGAAUUGAGAGAGAUAUGAAAAGAGAUGCAGAUGAGAAGGCAAGAUAUGAAACAUUUGCAAGAGAAAGGGAUGCACGCAAACAAGACAUGGAGAAGAAGGAUUGGGAAACCAUGGUCAUGGAUACGAGCCAUAUGUCCUCUGAAACAAAGUCAUUUUGGAAACCAUGGCUGUCACGUCCCAACCCUUGGAUUUACGAAACCUUGGGUUAA